AGUCAUUCAAUGCACAACCUCAACACCAUACCCCCUUAUUAAAUGUAAAUUUCACUAAAUUUCCACAAAACCCAAAAACAAAAAACAUAAUUAAAACUAAAAUGGGGAUGAAAUUAGAUGGUGUAGUUUUGGUUCUGAUAUUUUCGUUUGUAGUUUGUAGCAAUGGUCAAGAUACAAAAUUAGUUCCAGCAAUAAUCACAUUUGGUGAUUCAGUAGUAGAUGUGGGCAACAAUGAUUAUAUUCCCACAGUUUUCAAGGCUGAUUAUCCUCCUUAUGGUAGGGAUUUUGCUAAUCAUAUGCCUACUGGCAGGUUUUGCAAUGGAAAGUUAGCUACUGAUAUUACUGCUGAUACUCUGGGCUUCACAACAUAUCCAGCAGCAUAUCUAAGCCCACAAGCAUCAGGAAAGAAUCUUCUUAUUGGAGCCAAUUUUGCAUCUGCUGGAUCAGGCUUUGAUGAGAAAACAGCACUCCUCAGUCACGCGAUUUCGCUAUCGCAACAACUGGAUUACUACAAGGAGUACCAAGGUAAGUUAACAAAGGUGGCAGGUAGCAGCAAGGCAAAAUCAAUUAUAAAGGAAGCUCUCUAUAUAGUUGGAUUUGGAAGCAGUGAUUUUGUUCAGAAUUAUUAUGUCAACCCUUUCAUCAACAAAUUAUAUAGUGCUGAUGAAUACUCAACCUACCUUGUUGGUAUUUUCUCAAGCUUCAUUCAGGAACUGUAUGGAUUAGGAGCAAGAAAGAUUGGGGCAACUUCACUUCCCCCAUUAGGGUGUGUACCUGCAACCAUUACUCUGUUUGGGUUUCAUCAGGGUGGCUGUGUUUCAAGGCUCAACUCUGACGCGCAAGGAUUCAAUAGGAAGCUCAAUGCUGCUGCCAAUAAGCUGUCUAAGAAGCUCCCUGGCCUUAACCUUGUUAUUUUCGACAUUUACAAGCCUCUCUAUGAUUUAGUACAAUCUCCCUCCAAAUCUGGAUUUUCUGAGGCCAGGAAGGGAUGCUGUGGGACAGGAACUAUAGAGACAACAUCGCUUUUAUGCAAUCCAAAGUCUGUAGGAACAUGCAGCAACGCCACUCAGUACGUGUUUUGGGACAGUGUGCAUCCUUCUGAAGCUGCAAACCAGGUUCUCGCCGAUGCCCUCUUAGUUCAAGGGAUCGCACUAAUCGGUUAAAUGGUUUUCAAGCCUCUUUUCUUCUACCAAGCUUGUAUUUGUAUACUACAGAAUAUUAAUUACGUACUGCAUUCUUGCAUAAGAAUUUAUCCUAUUGCUUUUUAAUUUCAGUGUAUUUGUUCUCAAAAUGUAAGACCUCUGUUGUGUAAUCAAAUAUAGACAUAGUAUGAUACUACAUGUCAACAUCGUCUGUUACUUCGUCAUAUGUAACUACUAUGAGUCUACAGAACUUAUAUUAUCAUUUUUAGCAUAAAUUUUCAAGUAUUCA